ACAGGGAUGAGAAGGGAGUAGAGUGGAGAAGGACCCGUGUCCUCCCACACUUGAUUCUUCAAAUACAAUUCUCUUCUGUUCAAAUACGGCUAAGAAGAGAAUAAGUCAAUUAGGAAAAAUUGCUGGAACACAAAUAUCUUGAAUGACUCAUUCAAAACAAGCUGCUUGAGAAUAAGGAAAAUACUAUUAUUCAAUAUGCUAACUUGUUUACACAGAAGAAUUGAGCAAGACGGACAUCACUGAUGCCCACUGGAUUUAAGACCUCUCUUCCCACUAACACCAAAGCCAAGAGAGAUACCAACUACUGAAUUUCAGCUGGAGAAAAAGCACAGCACAAUGAAGCUUUUCAUAGGCAUUCUUUUCAGUUCCUUGAUCAUGGGAGUCACCGGCGAAGGCUGGUAUUCAUUCUUCAAGGAGGCUGUGCAAGGGGCUUCGGACUUGUGGAGAGCCUACUGGGACAUGAGAGAAGCCAAUGUUCAGAAUUCAGGCAGAUACUUCCGCGCCCGAGGGAACUAUGACGCUGCUCAAAGGGGCCCUGGGGGCGUCUGGGCUGCAAAAAUCAUCAGCAAUGUCGGGGAGUACCUUCAAGGAUUCUUACACCAGAUUUACCUUGGAAGAGACAGCUAUGGGUUGGAGGACCAGGUGUCCAACCGGAGAGCUGAGGAAUGGGGCCGGAGUGGCCAAGACCCAGAUCGCUUCAGACCUGCAGGCCUGCCGGAGAAAUACUGAGUCCUGCUCCCUCUGCUCUUAAGGGACUAGGCUAUGAGCCACACAACACUUCUCCAAAAACAGGGAAAUAGUGUCACUGAGCUCUGUCACCCCAGGAACUGAGACAGGUACCCAGAGGUGCCCAAUAAAUGUUUGUGGAACUGAACGUGUUGAUGGAAGCUGGAGUCUUCGAGUCAGACUCUGGGGAGAAAGGCCUGCUGGCACCAUAUGGACGGUUAAAGCUCUGUGGAGGACGAGCCUGCGACUGCAGGGCCCCAGGAAUCCCUGACGACCUGGACCCUGCUCUGUGCCCACAUGAGCCCAUUGAGCCCCAGGACUCUCAGGACCCCAUUUCUCCUCCUAAGUAAGCCUGAGCUGGGAGAGCACUGGCCAUCACGCUGGGCUCCUCAGUGGCUGGGGGCCUGACUCUGGCACAAGCCUGGGCAGCCCCAUCCCCACUUCUUCCUCCCCAGUCACUGUGUUGCUGCUUCAGGCCUCUCUGUGUCCUGACUCUCCACUGCCCAGCCAGGUGCAUCCUGACCCACCUCACUCCAGGCCUUAUCCCCAGGGAUCUCUUUCCAAACCAAGAAGGCACAUUUGCUUUGGGAAGACCAGUCUCAUGACACCUGUCCUGGAAACUGAAUCUCUGACCCCAGUUGUUUCUCAUCAACACCAGAGCCAACCCCUGACUCAACUGUUAACGGGUCUCAGCUCAUUUAACCUAAGAAAUCAUUCUCAGAUGAGUUUCCCUUACCUUUAUCCUCACUAUCUUUGGGUCAAACAAAAUACUAUUUUCACUUCUAGAGUGAAUGUCAGCUAUGUGGAUACACACUUCCAGGGCACUUUAAGAGAAGCCUCUUCAGAAGCACAGACCGAUGGUGAUCCAAACUCUGCUGGGGUGUGGGAAGCUGAGGCAUGGUCAUCAUAGAGGCCGUCAUUUCCUUUCACUGUAAAUGUUCUAACGCUGCAUGCAUCAUUUGAUUUAUCACAAAGGCUUUGCAGGUCUCAGCUGAAGAAAUGAGGCUUGGAGGUGAGUGAUCUGGACCUUGGUCCAGGUCACACCUGUAGUAGAUAAGCAGCCAGGACUGCAGGCUGGUGUGUCUGACUCCAGGAGGGCAGGGAUGUGGUGUCAAGACCGAGAGGUUCAGAGGCGGGGACGCUCUCCUCCACGGAUCUCCAGCGUGAGAGCCCUUAUGCCCAAGAGAUGCCUGACUGGUUACAGACACACCACAGCUUGUUCUCCUCAUGUGAACAGUGCCUUGCAGGGUCCUUGCCCUCGGUAUCUGCUUCCUUAAUAAAUUCCCUCAUUGAAAACUGAGACUUCAGUCCACAUCACUUCUCACUUUUGAACGUUUUUCUCUUCCUUUUGUCUUCAAACUUGAAUGUCUGCCCACCUGCAUGUUCUGCUUCCUCACUUCUGACUCACACUAGAACCCACACCAGCCUGACCUCUGUCCCCACCGCUCAGCAAAAUAGCUCUGGUCACCGCUGCCCUCCAUGGUGCUAACUGACAAGUUCCUGUUUCAUACCAGGAAGGCUCUGAGACAGGCUCAGCACAGUUGUCUUCUCCCUCCUUUCUGGUAGGUUCUCUCUUGGCUUUUGUUUACCCUCCUUUUGUUUCCCUUUAAUCUCCUUUAUCUCCUUAGCUGGGUCUUUUCAUCUCCUGAACCCUAAGGGUGCUUCAGACUUGGUUCUGGGUUCUUUCUUUCUUUUUUUUUUUUUUUUUCCACUUUUUAUGUCUAUAUUCUCCCCAACAAGUAUAGCAAAUAGUGUUAUAUGCUGAUGGCUCUGAAAACUAUACCUCCCAGCUCAGAACCUUAUUUCCCAGAUCUGUGUUUAUACAUUCGAUUGGCCUCUAAACACCUCUGCUUGGAUGGCUUCCAGAGAUCUCAUACUCGGUAUGUCCCAAAGGGAACUCUCAUCUGCCUUCAGAACUCUUCACCCACAGGCCUCUCCAUUUCAGCAGCUGACAUCAUUGUUCCCUCUGUUGCUCAACCCAGAAAUUGAGGCAUGUCCUUGAGGCUUCCCUUCCCUUUACCCCACAUCCAGUCCACUAACAAGUCCUGUGAUUCAACUUCCAAAAUUCAUCUCUAGUCCGUCAGCCUGCUCUCAUAUGCAUCUCCGUGCUCCUGGCCACACCAUUUCUCACCUGGGUUCUUGCAACAGCUGUCUAACCAGUCUCCCCAUCUUCAUGGCUUUCCUCUCUGCUUAAGGUGACUGUAUAAUUUUUCAUCUAAACCAAGUCACUUUCCACUGAGGAAAAGGGCCUUAUUGAUGAUUAUACAUGGAUGGCAGGAAUAAACUGAAAUUGUCCUGGGUAAAAGAGAGCAUGUAUUUACCCCACCUCUCAGUCUAGCGUACAAAUUAUAUUCAGGUCUUGUCUCUUCCCCACUUAAAUUCUUCCAUGGGUUCCCAUUUCCCUAGAAUGUAAUCCAGUGUGCACUAUCCCUGGCCACCCUCCAGCAUCAUCUCAGGCCACACCCGCCCAGGCUCCCUGCCCCUUCAUCUCACCAACAAGCCACGCUUUUAUUUGGCACAGGACCUUUGCAUAUGACAUUUUCUCUGUUCAGAACGCUCUUCUGCUUGUUCUCCAUAUGGCUGUGUUUCUCACCUGUGGAGCUCUCCUGAGAUCACGCUUUCCUGAGAGAGGCCUUCCUGGUCAUCCUGGCUGACCUACUCUGGUUAUUCUGUACUUUUUGCCAAUUUCAAUAUGUGACUCUUGUACUAAAUUUUUGGUUUAUUCCUCUGAAUUUUUUUUGAUUUGGUUUUGAUGCAUCUUCCUCCCUUCUAUUAUAGAAUCAGUGAGAGAAGUGACCAUUUCCUUCUUGCUUAUAUCUGAAUACCCAGUCCUGGCACAUAAUGGAAUUUCAACAAGUGCUCAUUGGAAAUUAAUAAAUGAAUACUUGAAUCCA